AGCUGACCGCGCUCCGGGCGUGCGAGGCCGAGAAGGGUGACCGGGCCGGGACUGCUCAAAACCCUGCCGGGGUGCCCCUAGCCCGACCCGGCUGAGACCCUAUCCCUGGGCGCCGGGAGACCGGGAGGGUGCAGCCCUGCUCGUUCGGGACGCUCAGGCGGGCCCACGUCCGGCACGGCGCCGUCGGUCCCCGGUGCUGGGCAGCCGGCGACCCCGGGGCCUGGCCCCGCCUGGCGAUGGCAGAAUUUCCAUAGUAUUCCUAGUAUGAAUUCCACAUCUUGGCCUCUUGAGCAGCCCGGUCUCCAGUGUCUGAAGAAUAGAUGGGAUUUGCAUGAAUUUCACACUCUGAGCUGAAAUACAGACUGCAGUGUCAAUAUCCUUUUCUUCUGGUUGAUAUUGACAGCGCCUUGGAAAAUUAAAUGUCGUCUGAAGACCGAGAAGCUCAGGAGGAUGAACUGUUGGCUUUGGCAAGUAUUUAUGAUGGAGAUGAAUUUAGGAAAGCAGAGUCUGUCCAAGGUGGAGAAACCAGGAUCUAUUUGGACUUGCCACAGAAUUUCAAGAUAUUCGUGAGCGGCAAUUCAAAUGAGUGUCUCCAGAAUAGUGGUUUUGAACACACCAUUUGCUUUCUGCCUCCACUGGUGCUGAACUUUGAACUGCCACCAGAUUAUCCAUCCUCUUCCCCACCUUCAUUCACCCUUAGUGGCAAAUGGCUGUCACCAACUCAGUUGUCUGCUCUUUGCAAGCACCUAGACAACCUGUGGGAAGAACACCGGGGAAGUGUGGUCCUGUUUGCUUGGAUGCAGUUUCUUAAGGAAGAGACCCUAGCUUACCUGAAUAUCGUCUCUCCUUUUGAGCUCAAAAUGGGCUGUCAGAAUAAAGUGCAGAGGAGGACAACUCAAGCCACUUCCAACACAGAGCUAGAAUUUGGAGGAGCUGCCGGAUCUGAUAUAGACCAAGAAGUUGUAGAUGAGAGAGCUGUGCAAGAUGUGGAAUCCCUGUCAAGUCUGAUCCAGGAAAUCUUGGACUUUGAUCAAGCUCAGCAGAUCAAAUGCUUCAAUAGUAAAUUAUUCCUGUGCAAUAUAUGCUUCUGUGAGAAGCUGGGUAGUGAGUCGAUGUACUUCUUAGAGUGUAGGCAUGUGUACUGCAAAGCCUGUUUGAAGGACUAUUUUGAAAUCCAAAUUAGAGAUGGCCAAGUUCAAUGCCUCAACUGUCCAGAACCCAAGUGUCCUUCAGUGGCCACACCUGGUCAGGUCAAAGAGCUAGUAGAAGCAGACUUAUUUGCCCGUUAUGACCGCCUUCUUCUCCAGUCCACCUUAGACCUGAUGGCAGAUGUGGUUUACUGCCCCCGCCCUUCCUGCCAGUUACCUGUGAUGCAAGAGCCUGGCUGCACCAUGGGCAUCUGUUCUAGCUGCAAUUUUGCCUUUUGUACCUUGUGCAGAUUGACCUACCAUGGGGUCUCUCCAUGUAAGGUGACUGCAGAGAAAUUAAUGGACUUACGAAAUGAGUACUUGCAAGCAGAUGAGGCCAACAAAAGGUUUUUGGAACAGAGGUAUGGUAAGAGGGUGAUUCAGAAGGCGCUGGAAGAGAUGGAAAGUAAGGAAUGGCUAGAAAAGAACUCGAAGAGCUGCCCAUGUUGUGGGACUCCCAUUGAGAAAUUAGAUGGCUGUAACAAGAUGACAUGUACCGGCUGUAUGCAGUAUUUCUGCUGGAUUUGCAUGGGUUCUUUGUCUAGAGCAAACCCUUAUAAACAUUUUACUGACCCUGCUUCCCAGUGUUUUAACCGGCUGUUCCAUGCUGUUGAUGUUAAUGGAGAUGUUUGGGAAGAUGAGAUCGAAGACUAGUUAACUCCUACUCAAGAUAUGAAAGUAGAAUGGUUUGCCCUAAUUUUUUUGUCGAGUAUGCAUAGUAACUUUACAGGAUAUUUAGGGUACCGUUCAUUUAUUCUUCCUGUGGAGAAGAUAAUGGAAGAACAAGGAUUAUAUUUUUGCAUGGUACUACUGAUUAAGGCCCAUUCAGGCAUAUUUCAAUGUGAUAGAAUUAAGAAGAUUAUAAGCCAAAGGUUCAGAAAG